CAGGCCGACCGCAAGUUCACGGAAGACUGGCCCGGGGGUGCCCCGCAGGUGGAGGUCACAGCUGGUUGGCUGCCUCGACUUCAGCAACGUUUGCACGCUGCGCGCUCGAGGCUGCGGGAACGCCGCGCCGAUGCGCUCCUCUAUGCGCUGGUGGAUCUCUGUGCCGACGAGCUGGUGGCGGUGACCAGGGCAUUCUUCGCACGGCUCACGUGGUUGGAGGAGGACUUGCGGAUCCGGGGAGACCGGAGUCUGCUGGACCUGGGCGAGGUCUCCCUGGCGCAGCUGCAACUGGCCAUCGUGGCCCGGCGCCUCCGGAGUUUGCAACGCGUGGUGCGCCGCGCUAGCGAGUACCAGGAACCGAAUGGACGACAAGAACAUCUACAUCACCCUGCAGGGCGUUCGUCCGUGAAAGCGGGUCCGAACGACCUGCAAGCGGGUCCGAUACGGUUUGUUGCAUGUUCCUGCACUUGGUAGCUUGGUGUGGUGCAAGGAGGUGGGAUUCUUUUUCAUUCUUUUUGCUCCUGCAGAGGGCCAGUCAGAGGACCACAUGGAAGGUGACAACCACUGGGUGGAUGAUAAUAGUUUUACCCAGAGGCUUCGUGAAAACAGCCCGACCAGUCCCUAAAAAGCUUAAGGGAUUUGAGACCCCCAGACCCCUCCAUAUGAGGCACCGAUCUAUCCAGAGGGUCCAGGAGCGUUUGGGUACAGAGGUUCAUGACCUGUGAGGUGCAUGGGACUGUUUGCACAGGGUAGCACGAAAAGCUUCGAUCGGCCUGAAAAAGGAGCCCCCCCAACCCGUCCCGAUCCUUCAGAGCAAGCGGAGGACCUUCAUACUACGGGCUCAG